GGUCGGUGCACUAUCCACCGCUAGUCAAGAGGAACAACAUCAUCUGUUCUAACUUGCUGUUGUUUGUCUGCUCGUUGCAAAUUCAAGAUAGUUCUUCAUCAUGUCGUCUACAACCACUACCACAACUGCUACUACGGCCGUUGAAGCCAGCACGCUCUCCAUCCUCUCCGACUACGAGAUCCACCACACCGGCUCGGAAACCCAGCCUCAACCCCAGACUGCUCGUGACUCUACCCCGACAGUAUCCCGGCCUGUGGACUGGCCUUCACACUAUAGGCGUAUCCCUUCAUAUCGACCUGUGAACCGGAGUUUGAGCUACGAAGAGCGAUCAGCUGGGACGAAUCCGGUAGAGUAUGUGUUUAUUCAGUCUAUGUUGCACGGGGUGUGGCUGAAUGCGUCUGUUGCGCGUCUCUGGCGCUUUACUGGUGGGAGGAUCAACGACAAGAUCUUUCAUUAUGAGAUUGGCGGAGAGUGGUGAUUUUAGUAUAGUAAUAUAUCUUAUUUCAACCUUGCGUUUUACUCUCAGAGACCGAAUAUAGUAUACUAUUGGG